GUUGGACCCGAGAGACCUGGCGGUUGGGAAGUCACUUCCUUCCGGAGACGCGGUUUCCUAGCAACCGUCUCCCAUCUCCGCUUUUUAGUCCCUCCCCUUUGCUCAGUCAGGUGCUCAGUCCGGUGCGGUCCCCGAGAGCCGGCAGGCCCAGAUAUCAUCAGAGUUUGAAUUAUUCCUAUUAUUUAUUAGCUGUUUUAUAAAGGUAGAGUAAAAAUAAAAAAACACUAUGUCCGAUGAAGUUUUUAGCACAAUUUUGGCUUAUACAAAGAGUCCAAAAGUCACCAAAAGGACUUCUUUCCAGGAUGAGCUAAUAAAAGCAAUUACAGCUCGCUCGGCCAGGCAAAGGAGUUCUGAAUACUCAGAUGACUUUGAGAGCGAUGAAAUUGUUUCCUUAGGUGAUUUUUCUGACACCUCAGUAGAUGAAAAUUUGGAUAAGAAAAAGAUGAAUGAUUUCCAUUUAUCAGAUGAUGAAGAAAAGAAUUCUCCAAAACUGUCAUUUUUGAAAACCAGGAAAUCAAACAGUGACAUAAUGGAAGAUGAGGCAGUAUUCUCCACCAAAAAUGUUGAGGAAAUGGCCCCUGAAGGCUGUGGAGAUAUGGCUGGAACUCCCUUAUCUGAAUCUCAAAAUAAAGACCAGGAAGUUGAAAAAGACGAAAUUAAAAUGAAACCUAAACCCAGAAUUCUUCCAGUCAAAGGCAAAUCUUCAGAAAAUGGCAGCAGUCUUGAAGCAGACAAGCACUUUAAGCCUUUACCUCGUCCACGGAGCAUGUUGAAAAAACACAGCCACAGCGAGGAGAAAGAUGGGCUAGGCAAAGAUGAGACCACUGCCCUCCAUGAAGAAUUAGAAGCACAUUCUGCACCCUCCCCCUUUCCAAAACUAAGUGACAGACAACUAGAAGCUAUGAAAAAAUUGUUCUCCGAAACCCUCGAUCCUGAGGAACCAUGUUUAACAAGUUUAUCAUCGCCAUCCCUUAAAGAAAGUCUUGGAGAUUCCUUUUCACCAGGAUCUGGAGGAAAAGCAUCCAUAAAAGAUCAGAACGAAGAACUCCCUGAAAACCACAUGAGAUCCAAUGAAAAUGAAGAGAAUUCAUUUUUGAUAGACUUUGUCACUCCUCCAAUUGAGAAAUCCCAGGAAAGUCAAGUGAUUACUAAUGACCUUGAAGAAGAAAAGGAGAAAGCUGAACUGAUGAUGAAUGACUUAACAGUUGAUCCACCAUUGGUGAAAGAUCAGAGUAUCUUAAUAUCUACUGAUGCAACGGAGCCUUCAAAGAAAACAAUUGAAGAUAGAAAUAUGAAGACUAAAAGGUCAACAAAUUCUAGAGCUUCCAGUGCAUCUGGCAGAUUAAUGACCCCUGAGUUCUUAAAGAAAUCUAAUUCUGUAAGGAGACCUCCGUCAACAACUACCUCUUCUCACUAUUUAGGGACUUUGAAAGUCUUGGACCAAAAGCCCUCACAGAAACAGAACAUAGAACCUGAAAGAGCAGACAGCAUAAGGGCAGCUGUUUAUCAGGAGUGGUUAGAAAAGAAAAAUGUAUAUUUACAUGAAAUGCACAGAAUUAAAAGGAUCGAAAGUGAAAACUUAAGGAUCCAAAAUGAACAGAAAAAAGCUGCUAAGCGAGAAGAAGCAUUAGCAUCCUUUGAGGCCUGGAAGGCUAUGAAAGAAAAGGAAGCAAAGAAAAUAGCUGCCCAAAAAAGGCUUGAGGCCAAAAACAAGAAGAAAACAGAGGAAGAAAAUGCCGUGAGAAAGGAAGAAGCACUGCAGGCCUUUGAACGAUGGAAAGAGAAAAAGAUGGAAUAUCUUAGGGAGAAAAAUAAAAAGGAGAGAGAAUAUGAAAGAGCGAAGAAGCAGAAAGAGGAGGAGACGAUUGCUGAGAAAAGGAAAGAUAACCUAACUGCUGUUGAGAAAUGGAAUGAAAAGAAGGAUGCUUUUUUCAAAGAAAAGGAGAAAGAGAAAAUAAAUGAGAAAAGAAGAGAAGAACUGAAAAGAGCAGAGAAAAAAGAUAAAGAUAAGCAAGCUAUUGAUGAAUAUGAAAAAUGGCUGGAAAAGAAAGAAAGGCAGGAAAGAAUCGAACGAAAACAAAAGAAGCGUCAUCCCUUUCUGGAAAAUGAGGCACUUCCUCCCUGGAGCCCUCCAAGCAGAACUGUAUUCUCAAAAGUGUUCUGAUACUUCUCAGCUUUACAUAAUUUAGUUAUCAAUUCCCCAUUUUAGCCACUAUUUAUUCAAUUACUUAUAGUUAGAAAAGUCUAUUUUUAUUAAAUGCCAGCCGUUUCCACUAACAAUGGAAAAGAUGCUUUGGAGUUUAAUCAGUGAAAUAACUGAAAGCUUUUUUUUGGACUGUAGGUAAACUGCCUCAGAUGAGAAGCUAAUAAUCAGAUUGCUCUUACCAUUUGAAUGACCAUCACGUCCUGACAGUCCUUACAGUCAGAUGAUCCAUGGUCACUUUCCUGAAGCUGUGCAUGGUAUUUAAGUAUGUUUAUUCCCCAGAAUAGGAAACCAUCUAGGUGCUAUAAUCAUAGAAAUUAUUAAUGCAAUCUGUGAAUGAUUGUGCACCUAGGUUCAGGUUUUAAAAGGAAUCAUCUCUGGGGGUAUGCAUAUAUGUAAAUACACAUACAUAUUUAUGUAUAUAUAUAUAUAUAUAUAUUUUUUUUUAAACUGAUCUUUAGCUCAAGCAGUUGCACUUGCACUGUGCAAGUUAGAGUUUCAGUCAGUUAAGGCAGUAGGUCAGUAGAACUUGAAUUGUUGAGGCAUUUUAUUUCAAAAGUUUGCCUUAUGUUUUAUCUGUCCCAGACUUAAGGUGACAAUCGUAGGCACUUUUAUAAUGAGUAGACCUCUAAAAUGUGUCUUCUAAGUUCUAUCUCACUUUAUUAUUCCAGUGGAACCAAAAAUACAUCCAUUUCUUGGUAGUAAUACACUUCACGCAAUAGUUAUGGAAAUUCCAUGAGAGUUCAAGGUCGUUAUCACUGUUAAUUUUUUCCAGACUAAAGCCAUGUAAUUUUCAAUGUAAAUUUUCAUGUAAACGUAAUUUUCAAUCUCUUAGCCCUUCCAGAGUCUUAUAGUUUAUAUUUAGAAGACACCUAUAUAGAAGGCAAUUUGUAGAAAAUGCCCAAAGAAUCUUUAUUUAUUUAUUUGAUCUCUGCAUAUCUUUAAAUUAAUUGGACUCAUACUUGAACUGGUCAGCUGAUUUAUCACAGACCGAAUGUAUGCUCUCAGAGCUGCAAUACUACUUUUGCCAAUGGUGCAGCGCAAUGAUGAAUGAGAAUAAAUAAUUACUAUUUAUUAAGCACCUAAUGUAUGCUUGCUGCUGGAUCUUUACAGAUGUCAAUUCUUAUCUUUAGACAAUUAUUCUGUGUAGGUGUUAUUUUGCAGAUUAAAAAAUACUGAGACUCAGAGAAAUAACUUGCCAUACAUUUAGCAUGUGAUUGAAUCAGGAUGAGAAUUAAGUCUUUCUCCCUCCAGAAUCUGUAUUAUAUCAACUUUACAAACACAUAUCACCUCUGGGAUCCUAAAAUCAUGUAUUGUUAUCCGGAGAUUAUCUUCCUUUUAAGAAAUAUCUGUUUGUUAUUUAGAGAUGUUGAACUUCAUUAGAUCUAUAAAGUAGAAGAAGUUUCCAUAAUAGUUGAAGAUUUAGUCAAAUGCCAUGUACCUAGCGUUAGAAUGUGAGGAAAGCCAGCAGGUUGUAGAACAGAGGCUUUGAGAUAGUCACUCAGGAAGUUUCAGAGGAUUAACGUCACUGCGGUGCAUGUGCAAAAUUAGGGAGAUACCGUGGGUCACUUUCUAUGAUCACAUCAGUGCUACGAAUAAAUUGGUUUUAAAAUUAUAAACAAAACUAGAAGCACACUGCCAGGAACUAGGAGCAUACUUCAUGAAAUUGAAACUGUUAUCCUCACUAUGUACUAUCAAAACAUGGGAUUUAGCUCAUCUCUUUUUCACCAAAUACAUAUAUAGUGCCUACCAGAAUGAAUCGUUGUUUUUGAUAUCCAAUUAACUAUUCACAGCUAAAAAGGAAUUUGCAAAUUCCAGGGAAGUAAAAGGAAAAAAAAGAUCGGGGAUAUGUGUCAUAAAUUUCAUAUUAAAUAUUUGCUUACACUUCCCAAUUAUUUUCUUCUUCAUUAUCAUAUUCAGUAGCUUGCCAUUAUCCCUUCUUAGUGUUGUGAGCACUGAAUGAAAUUAGUAAUUAAAGUAAACCACAUGGCAUUGUUUUCAUUUAGGGACUGUCAAGAGCCCUGCAUUUCCCCACUUCAUGUAUGUGAGAAGGUUAAUGUAGGCAGCAUUGAUAAUGGUUAUUUGACAUACAUUUUUAGUAAACAAGAAGAAAUCUCCACUUUCCUGGCCAGUCCAGCACUCAAAGGAGAAUACGGAGAUGACCUGUAUUAGGGAGUUCCUAAAAAGAAACAUAAAUACUAAUUUCUUAGCACUGCUUGUGAAAUGGGAUGAAAAGAGAAAUUGAGGUGUUUGCAAAGACCCAACAAGUUGUUUCCCUCAAAUGGGGAAGUUUGUCUUACUAUGAUAAAUAAUAUAUUAUUUCCCAUUUACAGCAACCUGUGCUGGCCAGUUAUCUAGUUGAAUGAAACCCUCUUUUUUCCUGCAGCAGAAAUAAAGUUGAGUUUUGGGAGCUGGGUGAAAAUAAAGUCCUGCUUAUUUUCUGAGAUCGAAAGGAGUGAAUCCAGCCUGGUAGUAUUCUCGUGAAUAUAUUUAUCUGUUUAAGGGGUAUGAGUUCCCCAUAUGUCCUUAAAAGUAUCAAAUGUAAAUAGACAUAUUUGCUCAUUAAGUUUUCAUUAAUUUAUAAUAAGAGGGAAUUCAAAUUAAGGACACUAAAAACCUAUACAUUUUCUGGUGAAGCUUCCAGUUUUGUAAAUUGUAUUGAUCACUUGACACUUCAAAGUAAAGAAAAUAAGAAUUUAAUGAAUAUUCUAAAACAUUACUGAAAAGAAUUUCCCUAGAAAUUUACUUAUCAGUACAAAAAAUAAAAUAUUUUACACAAUGUAUUUUCCAUAACAAAUAGUGUUUGUAGAAAAUAGUGUUACAUAAAUAAAGAGAAACUAUAUGGCAUUUUAGAUCAGAAGGAAGAGGCAGUUUUCUUGAAGAAGAUAAGAAAUGUUCAGGGAUAACAAUUUUUCCAAGAUUUGUAUUAUAUCACAUUUUGAAAAUGUUAGUGGCUCAUUUAUUGUUUUAAUAGUAUUGAAACUGAUAUUUUUCACUGUUGCCAAAGCAGUAGCUGAUAAUAGUUAAGUGUCCAUAGCUGUAUUACCUUAGAGUGAUAAAACUGCAUCUGGGAGUGUUUUAAUACUUUAAUAAAACAGGCCCAAACCCUCUUUCCAAGUUGAACAAAAUUCCUCUGACUUGCCCACGCCCAUACCACUAACCAGAAGAAUCCAGAGUUAGAGAUGAGAUGUCCAGUUUUCUAGUUGUAAUUUGCCCCCAUCCCAUAAUUUUGAGAACCCAAUAAAACUUUUCACACUAAAUUUUGUAUCCAUGGUCAUUAUCAGCUUGGUUCAUUGUGAUCCUUUCAGAUGGUCCUUAUCCUUCCAGUGCCUUCUCCAUAACUCCACCAGAUCAAGGCUCUUUGGACACCUACAUGACUACUUCAUGGGUGGUAGAAACUUAUGGACAUAAGUUUCUCAAGCCCUAAGUCACAGGCGAAGAUACAAUGGGAAAAAGGAAUUUCACAAAAUGGGAGAAAUUGCAUGUCAAAGUAGUUCCCGAGAAUAAACCCGUACAGAAAACAAACUUCCCUGAUGUCAUCUUGGCUCUAAUUUCAGAAGUGCUAUAUUAAUAGGUAUUUAGUCCCAUAUGCUCCCAUGUUACACAAAGCAAAGAUAUUAUCAGUUGCCCUGCUUCCUAGGUACACUGGCUGACAGAAUAAUGAAUGCUAUAUAAAUGCUUAACUGGAGACUUCCCUGAAUUCUUUCUGUUUUAAAAUUUCAGGUGAUUUGAUUAUUUUGAAACAUGUUACAUGUAAUUGUAUAAUGUUAACUAAAUUAUUGGUAUUAAAUUUAGGAUGUUAUUUUAAGAAUUACCUGAGAUGUACUUACUGUCUGCUUUCUAGUAUCAUACUUCAUGUUGUGCUGAAUUAAAGUUAACCAUUCAAGAUUUA